CCUCUAAGUCUGCCAAACAGAAUGGAUAACCCAGCAACAGCUUCAGCAUCAACUGUGGAUAAUGAUGCAGAUGCUGGUGAUUAUGGCCUGCUGCGAGUAUUUCCCCAACGUCAUCGGCGCAGUAUAUCACAGCUCAUAGCCAAUUUAGACGCUCAACCGAGCAACACAGAUCGUUUAAGUGGCGGCUAUAUAAACAAUGCCUACCAUUACGACGAACUAGAUCACAACUAUCUGUACGGGCAAUUUGAUGAUAAUACAGAUUACAUGACCAUGGCCCAAUCGCAUCCCUAUGAAGGCAGCCUGGGAGACGAGGAAAUAGGUGGUGCUGGUGGUGAUGAUGAACUUUGUGAAAAUCGCGAUAUACGCUGCAUACCGGAAUUUCAAUUUUCCAUGGUUGAAUCGGAAUUCGAUGAAGCCUUAAAUAUACCCGAUUCGGUGACCAUAAUAUCGGCAGGUGGUGAUAAACCCGUACUGGUGGAACGGAAAGAUUGUACCGAUGAUGAUGACUAUGACGAGGAUGGGGUGGAAUUGCGUAGACUUACUGAAAUUCCAUUUACGCGGAUCUAUUCGCCGGGCAUUAAGUUUACCUCAUUCCAACGAAAGGUGUUUAUGCCGGGCACUGAAAUAACGGUGCAAAUUAUUGAUAUUGAACGAAGUGUAACGACGCAUCUAUUGAAUCCUAAUUUAUACACCAUAGAACUGACACAUGGCCCAUUUUCCUGGACCAUUAAGAAACGUUACAAACAUUUCAGUACUUUACAUCAACAGUUGAGCCUGUUCCGCACCUCCCUCAACAUACCCUUUCCCAUGCGUAGCCAUAAGGAGAAACGAGCCACAAUGAAAACAGCUGCCAUCCAAAUGGCCGAUGAAUGUCGGCUAAAAGAACUGCAAAAAUCUUCGAGUUUUAAGCACAACACAAAUCGAGCUCGAGCGGAAUAUGAAGCCACAAUUACCAGCCAACCACAAUCCCUGCCCAUGACCCCCAUCUACAAUAAGAAUAUUUCCAUUGUGGAUGAUGUUGGAAGGGGCAGCACUCGUAAGAAAAGGAAAAAACGAAAACUGCCAAGAUUUCCUCAGCGUCCGGAGUCAUUGGUGACAGUGGAAUCAAUGCCGGCGAGAGUGCGGCAACUGGAGGAGUAUUUGUAUAAUCUGCUGAAUAUUAGUCUGUAUCGGAAUCAUCAUGAAACGUUAAAUUUCGUGGAGGUCUCCAACGUGUCCUUUGUCGAUGGCCUGGGCAUCAAGGGCAAGGAAGGUCCCAUUUUAAAGCGGACUGGCUCCACCCGUCCCGGUCAGGCUGGCUGUAAUUUCUUCGGUUGCUUCCAGCAGAAGUGUUGUGUACGCUGCAAUUACUUCUGUUCCGAUGUUGUCUGUGGCAAGUGGCGUAAUCGUUGGUUCUUCGUCAAGGAAACCUGUUUCGGCUAUGUACGACCCUCAGAUGGCGUUAUUCGAGCUGUGAUAUUAUUUGAUAUGGGUUUUGAUGUCUCGACGGGCAUCUAUCAGACCGGCAUGCGUAAGGGUCUUCAGAUAUUGACCAACAAUCGUCACAUUAUCUUGAAAUGUUGGACCCGAAGGAAAUGUAAAGAAUGGAAUGAUUAUCUGAAACAGACAGCCAAUACAACGGCCCGAGACUUUACAGCACCCAACCCGCAUAAUUCAUAUGCUCCUGAAAGGGCAGAUGUAGAGGCUCAAUGGUUUGUUGAUGGGUCGUCUUAUAUGUCAAUGGUGGCCGAUGCUUUGGAGGCUGCCACCCAGGAAAUUUACAUUGCCGAUUGGUGGCUAAGUCCGGAAAUAUAUAUGAAACGGCCGGUAAUUGAUGGCGAUUAUUGGCGUUUGGAUAAAAUCCUAUUGCGCAAGGCCCAGGAGGGUGUCAAGGUGUUUGUAAUGCUCUACAAGGAAGUCGAAAUGGCCUUGGGUAUUAAUAGUUAUUACAGCAAACAGAGACUGGUUAGUUUACAUGAAAAUGUUAAGGUUAUGCGCCACCCGGAUCAUGCCAAAGCUGGCGUUUUCUUUUGGGCCCAUCACGAAAAAAUCGUGGUGGUCGAUCAAACCUACGCCUUUUUGGGAGGCAUUGAUCUCUGCUACGGCCGCUGGGAUGAUUACCGUCAUCGUCUCACAGAUUUGGGCAGCAUUUCAACAUCCUCAGCUUCGGGCAGCACACGACGCCAGGGCGGCUUUUUCAAUAGAGAAGAAGUGGAUUCAGCUUUUGGUAGUCAAAAAUCUUCACGCAAUAUCAACAGCGAUCUGCAAACAGCCGAGCAGGAUGAACCUAGUCCAAAAGCCAGCAUGGAAAGACUUGAUUUACCCACCCUUAUGCCUGGAGAAAAACUGAUGAUACCCAAUAUGAGUUUGGUCCCGCCAACACUAGAUGAAACCCUACCCCAUGAGGGUAUGAAACUGAAUACCCCCGAAAUGGAACGUAAAAAUAUGCUGCAAAACCUCAAGGAUAAUGCCAUGAAAAAAGGCAAGGACUUUGUCAAUCGGCUUACGAUGAAUGAGGGUGAUAAGACACCGGAUAUUAUAAAGGACCCCAAACAAUUGGUAUUUAGUAUACAAGAAUUGGAAGAGGGCCGCCGUGGAGGUCUCGAAGAUCCCACACCAUUUCAAACGGAAGUUUUGCAGGAUUUUUAUGGGCAGGCGAAAUAUUGGUUUGGCAAGGACUACUCUAAUUUUAUUCUCAAAGAUUGGAUGAACUUGGAUGCGCCAUUUGCUGAUAUGAUCGAUCGUACCUCUACGCCACGUAUGCCUUGGCAUGAUGUGGGUUUGUGUGUGGUGGGAGCUCCGGCUCGCGAUGUAGCACGUCAUUUUAUACAACGUUGGAAUGCUAUGAAAUUGGAAAAGACUCGAGAUUCCUUAUCGUUCCCUUACCUUAUGCCAAAGAGUUACAAACAAAUUAAAUUGAAUCCAAAUAUUACCCUAAGGCGUUCACAUCGGGUAUCGUGUCAGCUGCUGAGAAGUGUCUCAUCGUGGAGUUGUGGUUUUAUCGAACAGGAUUUGGUAGAGCAGAGCAUCCAUGACGCGUAUAUCCAGACCAUAACAAAGGCACAACAUUAUAUCUAUAUAGAGAAUCAAUUCUUUAUAACAAUGCAAUUGGGCGCAACGGGGACACUGAGUAAUGUACGAAAUCAAAUUGGCGAGGCAUUAUUCAAGAGAAUCGUGCGAGCACACAAAGAACGCAAAGUAUUUCGGGUUUAUGUGGUUAUGCCUUUGCUGCCGGGCUUUGAAGGUGAUGUUGGUGGCAGCAGUGGCAAUGCUGUGCGCGCCAUUACCCAUUGGAAUUAUGCCUCAAUAUCAAGAGGAAAAUCAGCAAUUCUGGUGCGUCUCAAAGAGAUUGGCAUUAAAAAUCCCGGAGAGUAUAUAUCAUUCCAUUCGUUGCGUACCCUAUCCGAAUUGAAUAAUACGCCCAUUACCGAACUGAUCUAUGUACAUUCCAAACUACUAAUAGCCGAUGAUCGGGUGGUCAUUUGCGGUUCGGCCAACAUCAAUGAUCGUUCGAUGAUUGGUAAACGUGACUCAGAGAUUGCGGCCAUUAUUACGGACAAUGAAUUUGAGGAUGGUAGGAUGAAUGGUAAAAAAUAUCCAAGUGGGGUGUUUGCUGGCCGGCUGAGAAAGUAUUUGUUUAAGGAGCAUUUGGGUCUCUUGGAUCCCGAUGCUGAUCGUAUGCGCAUCGAUGUCACCGAUCCGGUGAUAGAUCAAUUUUGGAACGGCAUGUGGCGAAGAAUAUCGAAACGCAAUACCGACAUUUAUGAUGAGGUGUUCAAAUGUAUUCCCAAUGAUAAUAUCAAAACAUUUGCCAGUCUACGAAAAUAUCAGGAAGAAAGUCCGCCCUUGUGUAAGACAGAUCCAGAUGUGGCCGCCAAGAGACUUUUAAAUAUUCAGGGAACCUUGGUGGACUUACCUUUGGAUUUCCUAAACAAAGAGGUACUGACACCACCGGGUACCAGUAAAGAAGGCCUUAUACCCACAUCGGUCUGGACAUAGUUUUUAGUUUUUUUUUUGUUUUUUUA